AUGGGUGAUAAUACUGAAUAUUACGAACUAGAUUCUGAUAUUGAUACCAUUCUUGAUACAUCAGAGACUAUUGAGGAAGUUGUUGAGGAAGUUGUUGAGGAAGUUGUUGAGACACCUGAGAAAAAAUUUCAAGAAACCACAUGUGGUAAGAGUUACAAACAUGAUGGUUCAACUGGUAAUAUGAAACAACACCUUCAAAUGAAACAUGGAAUAUUGGAAUUGGAGGAACUCCAUACUGGUUUAGAAAAAUAUGUUCAACCAAAAAUUGAUAAUAUUUUCAAAAAAGUUAUUCCACAUAGUUCAUCCAAGCAAAAAGAAUUGAAAAAAAUUACAGCUGAGUGGUUGAUCACUGAUUCAUUACCUUUUAACGUUGUAAAUAAAAAAGGAUAUUUAAAAAUGAUGAAAACAAUUGAUCCUGCUUUCAACCCACCUUCCAGUAAAAGCAUAAAAAGUAGUCUUGCUGUUGCAUAUAACAAAGGCGUUUUACAAUUAAAGGAAUUGCUUUCAAGAACCUGUGAAACUGCUUCUAUAACAACUGACUUAUGGACAUCUCAAAGUAAUGAUGGAUAUAUUGGUGUGACUCUUCAUUGGUUAUCACCAGAUUUUGAAGUAUAUGAUGCAAUAUUGGCAGUUGAAAAAAUAGAAUAUCCACAUACAGGUGAACAUAUUAAAGAAUACCUAAAUGCAAAAGUUGAAGAAUUUGAAUUAUCUGGUAAAAUAGUUUGUGCAAUUACUGAUAAUGGUAAGAAUAUGAAAAAAGCAAUUAGAAUUUGGGAUGAUGUAGAACAUAUAUCAUGUUCUGCACAUACUCUUCAACUUACAGUUUUUCAUACCUUGAAGUAUAUUAAACCAUAUACAAAAAGAAUCAGAAAGCUUGUCAAGUUUUUCAAAUCUUCAAAACAAAGUCAACAACUAGACCAAGCACAAAUUGACUUAGCUCAAUGA